GAGGUUAGCAAUGCCUCCGCACAACAAAAAAAGGAGGUUAGCAACGCCUCCGCACGGGUAAAAAGUUCUGGUGCUAAGAAGACCGUAGCUAGGAAAAAAACUACCACCAAGUAUAGGUCGUGCCUCAGGACAUUUCUAGAGAUGACCGAUAUACCGACCGGAGGUGUUCGGACCCUACAUAUGGAGGUAGGGAUUUUCGGCUUUGAUUACGACCAAAUGAUUGGUAAUGAAGACUUCAUGCAAGUUUUUAGUCAUGAAGAAAUCGGCGUCAACGUUGUCAAUACAUAUAUUAGGUUUUUGUAUGACAAAUUGAUGCGCCCCAAUGGUUUGGACGUGUCAUUCGGAUUCUUAGCACCCGCGACCGUCAACUUAGUUUUAAUCUUAAAUAGACCGGAUACCGUGACGGAGUACGUUCUUCGGAUCCUCAUGGACAAUAAAGAUGCGGAGAAGUUGUUUUUUAUACCGUUUAAUACCGGUGGACAUUGGUUGUUGCUCGCAAUCAAUCCUAUCCGAGAAAUUGUGUAUUAUCUUGACUCGUUAGGAAAUGAUUGGACAACAUACCCGGAUAUGAAGGUCCUAAUUGACACCGUCCUACAAGCUUUUCGGGCCCAACGAGUUAUCCAAACCUCAAGGAGGGGGAAUGUUGUUGUUAAUAAUGGAGGGCCAUCCACAUAUUCAAGACCGAAACUCCUUUUCUAA